AUGGCGCAGUCCCCGUCGUUGGGGGCGGUAUCCGCCGCUCCGCUUAUCGGUCGUCUGGACCCAUACGAUCAGAUUGAAGAUAUUUGGAACUACAUUGAACGUCUCAACUUGUAUUUUGUUGCCAGUGACAUCCCUCCGGCAAAACAACCGGCGGUUCUUUUAAGUGCAGUUGGUUCUACUGUCUACAAGACUGUCAAAAGCCUAGCUGAACCAACUUCAGUAUCACAGAAGGGCUACAAGGACCUUUGCGAGAUGCUAGUAUCGCACUGUGGCCCAAAGCGUCUAGUUGUAGCGGAACGUUUCAGAUUUUACAAACGUGAUCAACACAUCGAUGAGUCCAUCGCUCAGUACGGAGUUGCACUACAGAACUUGGCCAGCCCCUGCCAAUUUGGGACAUUUCUGGAUGACGCCUUGCGUGAUCGCCUGAUUUGUGGCCUCCGCAUUGAAUAUGUUCAGAAACAUCUUCUGACUAAGGACGGCCUCACUUUCCAAAACACCUUGGAAAUUGCUAAAGCUCUUGAGACUGCCACCAAAGAUCUCCUCUCCGGCGACAAUGGCCAAUCACCAACUUCAUGGCGCCAGACCAUCGCAGUCGAGGAUAAACCCGUCAACUUCCUGCUUGACACCGGAUCCGAG